CUGCCGAAUGUUGCGUUGCGGCUGCGCUGAUAGAAAAUACAAGAUACAAAACUCGUGCGCGGCGCUUCAAGAAACCAACUCAAAAGCAGACAAAUCAAAUAUCUAAUUCUUGUGGAAAAUAUCAAAGAUAAACAGAAUUUCUCAAUUCUAAUCCUAAAGAAGAAAUUACAAACACAAACUGCAUAUUUUUUUCAAGUUUUUUUUUUUUCAACCACAAACCAUUGGGAAUUUUUGGAAUACCUAAGCUUUAAAGCCAAAGAAGUUUGAAAAAUAUUAAGUGAACCAAAAAAAAAGUGCUAUCUGAAUUAAGUUAUCUGACAAAGAUCGAAAAACAUAUAUACUAAACCUAAAACACACAACACCAAAAAGCCACCAAAAAUCGUUUUUAAAAAGGAACCAAAACUCAAACAGUGCGAAAUUCGAAGUUGGAAUGCCGUCGCAACUUUUAAACACAAUUUCACAACUAAAUAUCCACUAAGCUCAGUUGACUAGCCUUUGGAAAAAUGCUCGCCGCACACCAGCAACAGCAGCAGCACAACAACAGCACAGCGGAGUCGGAAAUGGAGCGUCAGCGGCGGGACUCGACCACAUCGGAGUCCUCGCUGGAGCACCUGGAUCUGGGCCGCACGCCCAAGAAACUGGGCGGCAACAGUGGCUCCACACAGACCACAUCCACGCCACAUGAGGUGACGACGGUGGCGUCGUCGCGCAAGCGUAAACUUCGCCACUUGCAACUGAAUCACCACCAACAGCAGCACUCGGAACUGCUGAGCGAUGAGGACGAGUCAGCGGCGGCCGAGGAGGAGGAGGACGAGGAGGAGGAUGACGACCAGGUGACCGCCUUGGGAUCGCAAAGUCUGGGACGGCACAAGCAACGGCGCAGUGGUGGCGCCUCCACCCAGGCCUCCAUUGUGGUGGACUACAGCAGUGGCGAUGCCAGUUCGCUGCGCAAGAAAUUCCGUCUAAAUCGCUCGGCGGCCAGUCUCUCGGAAUCGGGAUUCGUGGACGCCAGCAGCACCACUGGCCACAGUGGCUAUUUGGGUAACAGUAGCAGCAGCACAACCAACACCACUGCCACCACUGCACCAGCAGUUGGCGGAGCAGCGAUCACGCCAGCAUCCAGCAGCAGCAGCAGUGGCAGCAGCAGCAGUGGCGGAUCCGGUGGCUCUUCGCCACAGGGUCUGUGCCUGUCCAGCGGCGAAUCGGGCAUCGGUGCAGGCGACGAGCACAUGAAAUACCUUUGCCCCAUCUGCGAGGUGGUCUCGGCCACGCCGCACGAGUUCACCAAUCACAUCCGGUGCCACAACUACGCCAACGGCGAUACGGAGAACUUCACCUGCCGCAUUUGCUCCAAGGUGCUAUCCUCGGCUUCAUCCCUGGACAGACACGUGCUGGUGCACACGGGGGAGCGGCCCUUCAACUGCCGCUACUGCCACCUGACGUUCACCACCAAUGGCAACAUGCACCGCCACAUGCGUACCCAUAAGCAGCAUCAGGUUGCACAGUCGCAGCAGCAGCAACAGCAGUCGCAGCAGCAACAGUCACAGCAGCAGCGGCGACAACAGCAACAUCAGCAGUCACUGUCGCAGCAGCAGCAGCAGCAGAAUCCCGCCCAGCAGCAACUGGUGGCCAGCACGUUAUCCGGACGAGCUGAGAGCUACGAGAGCGAUGCCAGUUGCACCACGGACACGUCCAGUGGACAUAGUCACAGUCGCAGCAGCAGUUCCCUCAACAACAACAAUAACAACAAUAACUCGCACAAGACUAACAACAACCUGAAGGACUUGGAGGAGUUGGAGCUGCCGGCCGAGGAUCAGGAUGCGGAGAACAAGCAGCGUCGCCUGAAGACCACCAUCAAUAACAACAUCAUUGACAGUGAGCAGCAGCAGCAGGAGGAUGUGGACGAUGAGGAGGAGGCCGACGAUGCGGAUGUGGCCAUGUUGACCAGCACACCCGAUGUCGCCACACUUUUGGCCGGAGCCAGUGCAUCCGGCGCCGCCUCGCGUUCCCCCUCACCAUCGCCACCCGCCUCGCCGGCCUUGCUGCUCAGCUGUCCCGCCUGCGGAGCCGCCGAUUUCGAGACCCUGCCCGCUCUGUGCGCCCAUUUGGAUGCGAGGCACUCGGACAUACCAGCCAAGUGUCGCGACUGCGAGGUGAUCUUCGCCAGCCAUCGUCAGCUGCAGGCGCACUGUUGCCGCUUGCCCAGUGGCCUACCGCCGCUGCUCGGUGCCAGCAGUUCGCCAUUGCACAACGAGGAGCCGGAGGAUGAGGGGCACGGCGGCGACGACGAGGAACUCGAGCAGAAGGAUAGAAUAGCGUGUCAGAGCGAGGACUUCUUCCACCAGCUGUAUCUGAAGCAGAAGACAGCAAAUGGUGGUGGGGGCGGUGCCAUCUCGCAUCCGCCAUCGCCCAUUAAACAUGAGCCGGCGGACAGCAAGGAUCUGGCCGAUAUCCAGAGCAUACUGAACAUGACCAGCUCCAGUUCCAGUUUCCUGCGCAAUUUUGAGCAGUCGGUGAACACGCCCAGUUCGAGUCAGUACAGCCUGGACGGCAGGGAUCAGGAGGAGGAGGCCCAGGACGCCUUCACCUCGGAGUUCCGACGCAUGAAGCUGCGCGGCGAGUUCCCCUGCAAGCUGUGCGCCGCCGUGUUCCCCAAUCUUCGCGCCCUCAAGGGCCACAACCGGGUGCAUCUGGGUGCAGUGGGUCCCGCCGGACCAUUUCGCUGCAACAUGUGUCCCUAUGCCGUUUGCGACAAGGCCGCCCUGGUGCGGCACAUGCGCACCCACAACGGCGAUCGUCCGUACGAGUGCGCCGUGUGCAACUACGCCUUCACCACCAAGGCGAACUGUGAGCGCCACCUGAGGAAUCGCCAUGGCAAGACCAGUCGCGAGGAGGUAAAGCGCGCCAUUGUCUACCAUCCGGCGGAGGAUGCUGGCUGCGAGGAUGGCAAAUCCCGCCUGGGCGAAGACCUGGCGGACAUGAGUUUCCGUUCGAUCAGCCCAACGCCACCACCGCCGCCUGUGAAUGAGAGCAGCUCCCAGCUGAAGCACAUGCUUCUCGGCGAGAAUCCCCUAGCUCCGGUCACCCAACAGCCGCCGCUAAAGAUUCAGGUAAAGAGCCUCGACCAAUUGGUGGACAAGAAGCCAUCGGCACCAGCUCCCCAGCGACAGCAGCAGCAGGAGAAGAGUGGAGCUGUCCUGGACUUCAGCAUGGAUGUUUUGGAUCUCAGCAAGAAGCCAACUGGCGGCGCAUCACUGACACCCGCUGUUACGCCCACACCGACGCCCGCUGCAGUGGUUCCAGUGGCGCCCGGCGGCGUUGGAACACCUGACUUGGCCGCCGCCAUUGAGCAGCAACAGUUGCUCCUCGCGCAGCAGCAACUCUUUGGCGCUGGCGGAGAGUACAUGCAACAGAUAUUCCGCAGCCUUAUGUUCCAAUCCCAGACGCCGGGAUUCCCCUUCUUUCCCUUCAUGGCUCCGCCGCCGCCGCAAGCCAAUCCCGAGAAGCCACCGCUGGUGAGUCCACCAAGCCGCCUCAAUCCCAUGCCCGUGGGCGUUGGCGUCGGCGUGCCAGUGCCACCUGGUGGUCCCGUCAAGAUGGUCAUCAAGAAUGGCGUCCUGAUGCCCAAGCAGAAGCAGCGACGCUAUCGCACCGAGCGCCCCUUCGCCUGUGAGCACUGCUCGGCGAGAUUCACGCUGCGUUCGAACAUGGAGCGCCACGUGAAGCAGCAGCAUCCGCAGUUCUACGCCCAGCGGCAGCGCAGUGGCCACCAUGUCAUGCGUGGCAGGGGCGCCUCCAGUGCCGCCGCCGCUGCCGCCGCCGCAGCAGCUGCAGCAGCCGCCAUGGGCGGACCAGGAUCCUCCGGUUCCGGCAGCAAUCACCAUCAUGGCCAUGGGCACGGUUCCCAUGGACAUGCUCCCAUUUCGGAGCAGGUCAAGUACGCCAUACUGGCGCAGCAGCUGAAGGCGCACAAGAACACCGAUCUGCUGCAGCAGGCUUUGGCCCACGGCUCCAGCAGUGUGGCCGGCAAUCCACUGCUGCAUUUCGGCUACCCACUGACCAAUCCCAGUCCGCUGCACAAUGGCAGCCAGGGUAAUAGCCAGGCCACGGCCAUGGAUGACGAUGAGCCCAAGUUGAUCAUUGACGAGGAUGAGAACGAGCAUGAUCAUGAGAUGGAAGCGGAAGCGGAGGACGUGGAUGACUUCGAAGAGGAUGAAGACGAGGAGGAGAUGGAUGAGCCCGAAGAUGAGCCGGAGCUGAUACUAGAUGAGCAGCCGGCCGAAAAGGAAGCCGAGGAGGAACAGGAGCUGCCCCAGCCGCUCGACCUCUUGGCCUCCAAAGAGGCGGCACAAAAAAUGGCCGAAACCAUUCUGGAGCAGGCCAUCAAGGCGGGCAAGCCAUCGACUCCACCGCCCGCCAAGGAAAAUGCACCGCCAGCCAAUCCCAUCGUGGCCACCACCAUGCAGGAGCCAGCCACCACUCCACCCAGUAGCAAUGCCAGCAGUUUGAAAACGAUGAUCGCUCAAGCCGAAUCGGUAGGUAAGUCCCUCAAAGAAGUGGCCAGUUCGCCGUUCAAGGAUGAGUCGCAGGACCUGGUGCCGGUGUCCAAGCUGGUGGACAAUGCCACCAGCCAGAACAUGGGCUUCAACAGCUAUUUUCGACCCAGCGACGUGGCCAAUCACAUGGAGCAGAGCGACGAGGAGGGCCUGGUGGCCUCCGGCAGCGCCAGUGAGAGCAACAACAGUGGCACCGAGGACGUCACUAGCAGCAGCUCCAGCAGCGAGCCCAAGAAGAAGUCCGCCUACAGCCUGGCGCCCAACCGUGUCUCCUGCCCCUACUGCCAGCGCAUGUUCCCAUGGAGCAGCUCGCUGCGCCGGCACAUCCUCACCCACACCGGCCAGAAGCCGUUCAAGUGCUCGCACUGCCCGCUGCUGUUUACCACCAAGAGCAACUGCGAUCGCCAUCUGUUGCGCAAGCACGGCAAUGUGGAGUCGGCCAUGUCCGUGUAUGUGCCCACUGAGGAUGUGAGUGAACCGAUACCCGUGCCCAAGUCCGUCGAGGAGAUCGAGCUGGAGGAGCAGCGACGCCGCCAGGAGGCGGAGCGCGAGAAGGAGCUGGAGCUGGAGCGCGAACGGGAGUUGGAGCGGGAGCGUGAGCGAGAGCUGGAACGGGAGCGAGAGUUGGAGAAGGAGAAGGAGCGCGAGCGCCAGCAGCUCAUCCAAAAGCUGGCGGCUCAAAUGAAUGCCGCUGCUGCCGCUGCCGCCGUCGCAGCCGCCAAUGGAAGUGGAAGUGGAAAUGCAAGUGGAGCGAAUGGACCGACAUCUGGAGCCAUUGGAGAUGCCAUGGCUGGCGGAGAUCUGCCCUACAAGUGCCACCUGUGCGAGGGCUCGUUUGGCGAGCGUGUGCAGUGCCUGGAGCACAUCAAGCUGGCACACGCCCACGAGUUCGCCCUGCUCGUGGCCAAGGGCGCCAUCGAGAACGAGCCGCUGGAGGCUAAUCCCCACCAGCAGCAGCAGCACCAGCAGGCGGUGCACUCCGAUGACGAGGCAGCGAAUGGCGUCAACAGAGGCAAAUAUCCCGACUACAGCAACCGCAAGGUGAUCUGUGCCUUUUGCGUGCGCCGCUUUUGGUCGACGGAGGAUCUGCGUCGCCACAUGCGCACCCAUUCCGGCGAGCGGCCAUUCCAGUGCGACAUCUGCCUGAGGAAGUUCACCCUCAAGCACAGCAUGCUGCGGCACAUGAAGAAGCACAGCGGCAGGGCACACAAUGGAGAUACUCCCGGUUCCGAUUGCUCCGACGACGAGCAGGUGAGCAGCCCGCCCAGCACACCGCAGCCCACUGUCCAGCACAACACGCCGGCCAGCGCCAACAACAACAAUAGCUGCCACAAUAACAACAAUAACACCAACAACAACAACAAUAACAACAACAAGCUGGGUCUGAAGCUGCACGACCUGCUGGACAAGGCCAGCGAGUGGCGGGCCAGUCGCCUGGGCGAGCACAAGGAGAACAUGGGCGAGGCCACACCCUCGGGAGCAGCAGUCGCCGGCUCUGAUCUGAUUGGCAAUCUGCUGGGCAUUAGCGACCAGGGCAUUCUCAACAAGCUGCUCUCCUCCGCCGACGAGGCGGCCAAACUUCUGGGUGUGGACAACAAGUGAGCUUGAGCAACUUGAGUGGAGCAGCUUGAGCGGAGCAACCUAGAGCCAUAAAUUCGGAAGUAGCAGCAGUAGCCGCAGCUUAACACCGCCUUACGUAUACCAAAGCUUAAAUAGUUUUCAUUAAUGGUAGUCUACUAUUUAAAAAACGAAAAACAAAAAACGAAGAAAAACCAAAACGCAAGUGAAAGUGAAAACCUGAUUAGGGUGUAAAACAGGAGUGCGUUUGAAAACAGCUCGAUUAUUUGAAUGCAGGAGUCACAGGCUCAAGAUAUACAGAGAGAGAAAAAAAGGAGCUACAACUGGACACGCCUGUUUUGCACAGUUUAGAAGCAUAUUUUUUGGAGACCUCUUAAUUUUUUUUUUUGUUUUUACGCCAAUUCCUAUUUGUUAAGCGGUCCAACCAACAAAACACAAGCUAAUCAAAAUCUUUGGAGACAAACACUAUUUUUUUGAACAUUUUUUUCCUAGCUAUACAAUUAAUUAUACAUAUUUUACAAUUAGCCCUAAGUAGCUGCAAUGACAAAAACAAAGCAAACACACAACAAAAAAACCCAAAAAAAACGCAAAAAAAACACUGAAAAACAACGAACAUUUAAGCAUGACAAGAAAAAGACUUGACACUGAAAAAAAACAAAUAUACACACGUAAAGUAGUAAUAAAAUAGUAUAUGUAUAAUGUACAUUGAAAGAGGCCUUGAGAACCGCAGCGUGGCUUAAACCUAGUUAUAAAGUGCAGGAUGCAGAAUGCAGGAUGCAGGAUGCAAACGAAAUGAAACGAAAUUUUGCUGCUUGCAAGUAAGGAUAGUCAGGUAUUUGUAAGACUAGGCUUAGACACAUUUUUUUUUAAGGACCCUAUUUAACGAAACUCAUUCAUUGCUGUAGCCUAUAAAAAAACACACACAUACACGCAUUGAAACACAUAUUAAACAUAUAGCUAUUUAAAAAUAUAUACGAAAGGAAAAAAGGAUGAUGAUAUAAUUAAAUUAAUGGACUUCUUACAGCAAUAACCAAAGCAUUUUGCGUUUGUAGCGUUGUUUAAGCUAAACAAAAAUAAACGAAAUUACAUUUACCCAAUGCAUGCCUAUAUAUACACACACACAACAUAUUUAUAAAAACAAGCACACAACUAUAUUAUAUAAAAUAUAUGGUUCUAUUUUAUGUGGAUGCUGCAGCAGAACUACUGAACAAAUUAAACUAUGUACUUAGCGAUUAUAUGAAUGUACUUAAAACUGUAAAAGUGUACUUAAUUGUAAACUCAGAAAGACACACGCAACGAGAAUAGAUUACAAAUUGAAUUCUAAUAAAAUAACGAUGAAAGAACAAAUAA